GGCAACGCUUAUUUGCGCUCGAGCAGCGAACGUGGUAGCACAGCUUUGAGCACUAGCAGCUUACCGUCCAAACUGCGAGAAGGAAAAGCGGCAGUUUCGAAAAUCCGUAGAGGAAAUCGAGUUCGUAGCGGUUACUUUAAUUGGCGAUAAUAGUAAUAAAAUCGAGUUAGUGCACGUUGCGCUUUCCCAUUUCGAAUGAAAAUCUGAAAAUAUUGCAGUUUAGUGUGGAGAAAAGAGCUAGUCGGGUGAAACUAAUUUGAUAAAAACUCCGCUUUCCGCCCAUUCGAAGCCGCGUGGUCAAGUGGCAGACAAUUGUGCAACCUCAAGACUCUUAACCUUAACAAUUAUAUUUCGGCCACAAAAAACUAUUGGCACAAUUCAGUUCGAUUCGAGUGCGCGCCAACUCACUUUUACCCGCAAAAGCAAUAAAGGCAAAAGCAAUAAGGCAAAAAGCACGCUUUGAAAACGAAAGCAAAGCACAAGUUCCAUUCAACACCCACCGCGCUUGCCAAAAUCUCAAGUGGCAGCCCCCAGAAGACAGUAGGCCCAAGCCAGAAGACCGAAGACAGAAGACAGCAGACAGCAGACAGAAGACAGAAGACCGAAGACAGAAGAGAGCAAAAUGGUCGAGAAAACAGAAAUGUCGAAAUUCGUUGGCGUUGCCGACAUAACCGAGAACAAGAAAAUCUGGCGCAUGCUGCUCGGCGAACUGGUGGGCACAUUUUUCUUGAUCUUCGUCGGCGUUGGCAGCACGACGAGCGGAAGUGUACCACAAAUCGCAUUCACCUUUGGCUUGACGGUGGCCACCAUCGCCCAGGGCUUGGGCCACCUCAGCGGCUGCCACAUCAAUCCGGCCGUCACCCUUGGAUUCCUCAUCGUUGGCGAGAUCAGCAUCCUGAAGGCCGCCUUCUACAUCAUCGUCCAAUGUGUGGGAGCCAUCGCUGGAGCGGCUGUGAUCAAGGUGGCACUCAAUGGCGUGGCUGGUGACGACCUGGGCGUGUCCUCCUUCGAUCCCUCCCUGCACAGUGCACAGGCGGUGCUGAUCGAGGCACUGAUCACCUUUGUUCUGGUGUUCGUGGUGAAGGCGGUUUCGGACCCUGGACGCCAGGAUAUCAAGGGAUCAGCGCCGCUGGCUGUCGGCCUGUCCAUCACCGCUGGCCAUCUGUGCGCGAUCAAACUGAGCGGCGCCAGCAUGAAUCCCGCCCGGUCCUUUGGCCCCGCCGUUGUGCAGGGCAUCUGGGCCUACCAGUGGGUUUACUGGGUGGGUCCCAUUGCCGGCGGCCUGCUGGCCGGAGUCAUCUACAGAUUGGUCUUCAAGGUACGCAAGGGCGAUGAUGAGACCGACUCGUACGACUUCUAGACCGUGGCCGAGUACCGUCUAUGUAUUCCUGUAAAUGUGCGCACCUGCUUCCUUCCCAUUCCCAUCACAAAAUCGCUUUCCAUUUAGCCAGAUUCACAUCGAAUUCGUUGCCGAAAUUUCUCGUAGCUUGGGUUUGCUCCAACAUCACAACCAGCUAGAAUUUUCCACGCAAUUGUACCUUUUAAAUUGUUAUUUGAAUAAGAAGGCAAAUGUCUCGUUUUAGUUGUACCGCGAAGCCACUUUAAAAUACGCAAUAUUGUAUUUGAGUAAUUUUAAGCUAAAUUAUAUGCACAUCAUCAUUACGCGAAUCGAGGGAAAACUGUAUUGAAGCUUAACUAAAUUUUACUGCGACAGCACUUUCGAAACCAGCGAACAGGUGGAUUACCUAUGUCGUUGAUCGCCGCUUGCUGAGCACCUGCGAAUUGUAUUAUGACUAUGUGUAAUAAAAAAUAUUAAGAAAAUACAA